AUGGCCGAUCUGUCUGCAGGAUUCCAUGCGAAAACGCCCCCGGCUCACAAGUUGGACGCUGUUUCUCCAGUGGAGGAGUACAGACGAUUGGAGCCGUUGAUCAAGCAGCCCUUGAAGGCUGGCUCGGCCUAUUUCCUGGUCAACAGCAGAUGGUACACUGAAUGGCUUCAGUGGGUUGGCCACCCGAGCGUCCAGAGCCCACAGCUGCGGCCCGCAGAUCCGCCCGUAAUAGACGGGCUGGACCUCUCCCUCUCUCAGGGCGGUUCCGAAGGUCUGAGGCCGCGCAGUCACUCCUGGACGAAAGAUCGCCCUGGCGAGAUCGACAACCGUGCGCUGCUGGAGGUUGGUUCGACAACGGCGAUGAAGCGGUCCUUGAGCGAGCAUGCCGACUAUGAGAUAGUUCCAGAGGAUGCCUGGGAUUUGCUCUAUGACUGGUAUGGUGGCGGACCUCCGAUCAAGCGACGUGCAAUUCGAGAGGCGCAAGGCGGCGUGAUGGUCGAGCUCUUUGGCCUUUCUUUGAAGGCGUACCGAUCUUCUGAUAUGAACGGCUUGCCGAAGGAGAUUAUCGAGUCCAAGUAUGCGACUAUCAGGGAGCUGAAGGAAAGACUCUGCGAAGAGAUGGAACUUGAUGCCCGAGACGUACGCAUCUGGGACUUUUUCGACAACAAGCCCUUUGCUUCAUUGGAAGAAGACUUGGACGGCUAUCUACAUGACAAGCGGAUAAUGGACAACAAUCCGAUUCUCCUCGAAGAGCGAGAUGCGAACGGCGAGUUCACCUUUGUAAAGGACAUGCAGACGUCCAGUCAAGCAGCGGCUGUGACCUCAAGUGGAUCCGGGUACUAUUCCUCCUACAGCUCCGCAGACGUGCCCAUGGACGGGCAACCGAUCCAGAGAGGAGCCGUUGGCCUGCAAAAUCUUGGCAACACCUGUUUCAUGAACAGCUCCAUCCAGUGCCUUUCCAACAUCCCUCAGCUGAGGGAAUAUUUCCUGGAUUUGGACAAGGAGCGGCUCAAUCGCACCGCGCACAAGACGCAGGGCAAGCUUGCUGAGUCCUUCGCAGAUCUGUUGAAGAUGAUGUGGAGAGAAAACACUGCGAAGGUGGCCCCAAGAAACUUCAAGUAUCAGGUUGGCCAGUUCGCCGAGCAAUUCAGCGGGUAUGGGCAACAGGAUUCUAUGGAGCUCAUAGAGUAUGUGUUGGAUGGUUUGAAAGAGGACUGCAACAGUGUCCAGGGUCCCAAGCCGUACAUCGAGUUGAAAGAGGCUGACGGAAGGCCCGACGAAGAGGUCGCACGGGAAGCGUUAGCUGCCUAUCGCCAGCGCAACAGCUCCAGAGUCGAUGAUCUCUUCGUCGGCCUUUUCAAAUCGGUGGUGCGAUGUCCGGAGAAAGAGUGUGGACGAGUGUCGGUGACCUUUGACCCGUUUCUGUCCGCGAAACUGUCCUUGACGAGCACGGCAGAGCAGCGCCAAACGUCUUUCCCUCUCCUGCUGGUGCGGGACUCUGUCAAAGGCUAUCAGCAGGUCAAAGUUCGCGUCAACAAAGAAGCCAGUGUCAAGGAACUCAUCCAAGCAGCAGCCGAUGAAGUCGGUGAAGGACUUGAGGCAUCAAGAUGCAUAUUGGUCGAAGUCUGGAACAAGAAGGUCCACCAGUUCAUCGAGGAGAAUACUUGUGUGGACAGCAUCCGGGCGGAGGACCACCUUCUCCUGAGCGAAGUUUCGGAUGCAACGGCUUUCCAUGUGACCAACGAACAACGUUGGGGCACAUCGGGAUCGAGCUACUCCAUGACGGCUCUCAACAGCCCCGAAGAGAGCGAGCCUACCCCGAGCUCUUCGUCUUCCUUUGGUGCUGUGCUCAAUCACAGGAAGGCGUCCAACUCCAACUCGGUUUGGUCCUCCUUUGACCAUCUCGGAGUGCCCAUCCUUCUGGCCAUCCGAAAAGCUGCCACGAUGCGAGAGAUGUAUGCGCAGGUUAGACGGUACAUGAAGCAGACUCUGGACUUCCAGGUGGCGCCGGAGGCCUGGCGCAUCGUCCGCUGCGAGAAGUACUCCGCGCGGGAUGGAACUCUCAUCGAUGCAGAGAGCGACGAGCUCCUGGACUUGAAGGGGUCGCGGGAGUACUUCGCAAUCGAAUGGAUGGAGGAAACUUCGAUUCCGUCGCAGUUGCACCAGGAUCCGUUCAGACAGACCAGCGAGGAAGUGUCUGACGGCGACGUGGACCUCACCCACUUGCUGCAACUCUUUGUUCAGGAUGAGCGAUUGGGAACGACAGAUGCCUGGUACUGCAGCCGCUGUAAAGAGCAUCGGGAAGCCUACAAGCAGCUGCAGUUCCACCACUGCCCUCCGGUGCUGGUGAUCCAGUUGAAGCGUUUUCAGUACAAUCGAUGGUCCCGGGAGCGACUGAACACAUCGGUCAGCUUCCCCCUGGAGGGCCUCGAUUUAAGACCCUUCUGCACAGCCUCUUCCAAAGAGUCUUUUGAAUCGCCACCUAUAUAUGACCUGGCUGCUCUGUCGAAGCACAUCGGUUCUCUCGGUGGAGGUCACUACGUGGCCUUCUGCCGGUCAUCAGAGGAUGGCUCGUGGUACCACUUUGAUGACGGCAGCGUGCGAAAAUGCUCGGAGCAAGAAGUCUCAGCAGACAAGGUGGGCGCUUAUGUCCUGUUCUACAUUCGCAGAGACCUCCGGCCGGCCUCCUUCGGGCCAGCCUGA